AUGGACAUUGAUGACCUCCUCGCCGAAGUCUCCGCAGGCGCGAUACCCCAGCAACAGCGCGAUCUGCAGGAACUGACGCGCGCGUGGGUCGCCGAGAGGUGCGCUCCGGAGAUUCUCGAGUGGCCGGAGAAUCUGAUGGGCAGGGUUUUGGGGCGGAUAAGGAAGCAGAUUGAGCUCGUGGAAGAGCAGACGGGCGACAUGGACGCCAAGACCAACUUCAAGCUCAUCAUCGUGCAGACGGAGCUCGAGCGGUUCAAGUUCCUCGUGCGGAGUUUUCUGCGCGCUAGGAUAAAAAAGAUCGACGCCCAUCCCCACCACCUCCUCUCCCUCCUCCCCACGAACCCCCGCCUCCUCUCCCCCUCGGAACAACAGUACCUCACCGCCCACCAAUCCCUCCUGUCCGCCCACUACGCCGCCUCCUUCCUAUCGCAAUUCCCGGCCCCAUUACAGAAACUAGACGAUACGACCGGCGGUGUCAGCAUGAUCGAUCGGCCGGAUACGCAGAGUGCGGUUUUUGCGAGGGCGCUGAGGGAUUGCGAGGUUUGGAGCGAGGGGGGGGGGGAGGGGGCCAGAGUGAGGAUGCGGAGGGGGGAUGUUUGGGUCGUGAGAUGGGGGGGUGUGAGGGCUGCUGUGGAGAGGGGGGAUGUGGAGUUGAUAUAG